AUGCAAAGUCUUUAUGACAAAACCAUAAAACCAACAAAAGAAGAAAUAGAUAAGUCUGAAAUCAAAGAAAUAGUAAAUACCAUACCCAUGAGUGAAUUUACUGAAUUUAAAAAACAAAUGGAAAGUAAAAUAAACCGAGUUGAAAGUAAAUUAAACGAAGUGCAAGAGUCAGUUAAGAUAAUAACAGCAGAACUUACUAGAAAAGCUGAUAAAAAUUAUUCAAACCAGAAAAAAAUAAAUGAAUUUGUUGAAGAUUUUAUUAAUUUAGUUGAACAAAAUAGAAUUGAUGAUGCAAUAAAUACAUUAUUUACUCACUACAAAUACCAUGAUGAGAAACUAGAAGAUCUUACAACGAGAGUAGAUACUAAUGAUACAAAUAUUAAAUUUAUUCAACAACAGGUGAUUGAUAAAUUAAAAGAUAAUGAGAGAAUAAAGGAAUUUAAUGAUGACCAAUUAUUUCAAUAUAUUGAGUUAAGACUUAGAGAAGAGAAGAAACAAGAUACUUCUCCUCAAGAUAAAAGUAUUGAAAUAUUUGUAUCAAAAGAAGAACAUAAUCAAAUAGAAAAAUGGACUGGAUUAAAGAAAGGACAACUGCUUUUUGAUUCUACCUUAAAUAAAUGGGAUACUAAGUCAUCUGAGUUUGGAAAGAGUAUUAUUGAACAUUCUAAUAUUGUAGUUAUUAUUGAAGACGAUAUGCACAAUAAAUUUGGAAUAUAUUUACAUUCAUUUAUCACUAAAAUUGAUGAAAUGAUUGAAGAUUCAAAUGCAUUUGUAUUUUCAUUAACAUCUAACCAUAGGUUUAAUGGAAUGGUAAAAUUUGAUAUUAAAAAAGAAGAAGGAAAGAAUGCCUUUCUUCUCAAGCUACAAAGAAAUGAGAUGUUAUUUAAAGUAGGUUAUGGUCCUGAUAUUGUUGUAUAUAAAAAAGAUACUGAAAAACAAUGUCAAUGCAAACAAUCAUCAUUUGAUUACAGAAUUAAUGGAGAAGAAAUUCAUUAUGCUUUGACAGGUCGUAUGGACCAGAAGUUUACUCCAGAAAGAAUAGUAGUAUUCCAAAUGGAGAAAGAGUCGUCUGAAGAUAUGGAAUAA